GCCUGAUUUGAUAACUUUUUCUUACCGAAGCCAUUGACCUCUUCUCUUUUUUAUUUUUCCUUAUGGUCAUGUGGCGACGAAGCUUUAGGAAUGAAUACGAAAACGCUCGGCAAACCAUGUUCCUGUGAUGGGCUGUCAUUGGCUUAUCGCAAUCGACUUAUUUUACUUACGUCGUGUGUACUGCGCGGCUUUGAGGAUUUUUUUUUUUACCUCCUAUGUGACGUGAUACUUCACGUUUUCUGCAUGGCGUUCAGGGUUACAUUGAUACUGCUUCCUUGUUUGUGAAUUUCAC